CCGGUUUGUUCUCCCUCCCAGCAGAGCGGUCCCGUCUCUCUCCCAGAGCUUUGUCUGGAUGGGAAGAAAAAGGAUGGAGGAGCAGUGGUGGAAAGGGGAGCUGGCAGCAGACAUCCACCAGACCUUGAGGACGAAGGAACUUAAGUUGCCUAUGUAUAAGGCUCAUUCACCACAGAUUGGGAUGCGCCGAUACUUCAUUGAUCUCUUGACUGUCCUCAGCAACCGUUUCAAUCUCUGCCCUACGGCCAGGCAUCUCGCUAUCUAUUUAUUGGACCUCUUUAUGGAUCGCUAUGAUAUCACUAUCAAACAACUGCACAUCAUUUCAUUUGCCUGUCUUCUCCUAGCAAGUAAAUUUGAAGAAAAAGAAGAUAAAGUUCCAAAGUUGGAGCACUUAAAUAACCUGGCAUACAUGUGCAACGUGAAUGUGCUAUUGAACAAGAAAGAUUUGCUUAGAAUGGAAAUGCUGCUUUUGGAAAACUUCAACUGGAACCUCUGUCUACCAACACCAGCACACUACAUUGACUACUACCUCUAUGUGUCCAUUGGUGAGAAUGACCUUCACAAUGGCUGGCCGAUCACCUCACUAACCAAAAUCAAAGCUUUUAUGGAGAAAUAUGCAUACUAUUUCCUUGAUUUCUCAGUGCAAGAUCAUACUUUCCUCCAUUUUCGUCCAUCUCUGAUUGCUGCAGCUUGUGUGUGCGCCUCACGUAUCUGUAUGCAGAUUUCUCCUGCCUGGACAACACAGCUUGAAUUGCUAACAUGUUAUUCCUGGGAACAUCUUGCCCAGUGCAUUGAAAUGAUGCUCAUAUAUUAUGAGAAUGACAUCAAAGAAGCCAGUAACGUAAAAAAACAAGUAACAAUUCAACAUGAAGAACAGGAAGCAGUGGGAAAUCUGAGCCAUCAAGCCACUACUCAAGUUCUCUUCCAGCAAUCUAGUUAUCACCCUUUAGCCCAGCAUUCAGCUACGCUUUCCCAGGUCCAGUCGCCAGUGCAAGAUUUGUGCUCUGCUUAUCGUGACUCCUUACAGGCCCACAGGCCCAGCGGUCUGCUUGCUGGGAGUGCUGACAGCUCGCUGCACUCCUAUGCAGCUCUUCAGGCCAGCCUUCGGCCAUCUGCCCAGACUCUGCCCAUCCAAACGCCCGUUGCUGUGCAGGUGGCCUUAGGAACAGAGCCCAGACACUGCAUUUCCAUGGCUUAUGGCAGUAGUUACUUCAGUGGUCAUCACUCAUAUGCAGCUGGGUGUUUUGACAGAUAAAUAUUGAUGGGAGAAAAAGGUGGUAUGAAUAGAAGCUGAAGAAGAGACCCUGUGUGUGAUACAAAAUGUGUAUCUGAAUGAAAAUCAUGAAGGAACAGAAUCCUUAUGACUUGUUCAUUCAGAGGACAUUGAUCUGGAUCCACUGAUCAAUGGAACCUGGGUGCCUUUCUGCCAAGGGUUGUACCUUUUGGCUCUUAAUGAGAGAGAGAAAUAGAAAUUCAUUAAUAUACCUCACUCAGUGUCACUUUGAGAGGCAUCUGUGUAGAAACCCUGUGGAGAUUACUUCCUUCUAGUCUUCAGUUAGUGACUUGUCAGAGUUGGCUGAAAGCUUGUGUUGAAGAGUUAUUUCAGGCUGGAGCAUUUGUUGAAUUUCUGGCCAAGUAGCAAUGUAUCUAGAGGAUGCUGUUGGAAAACAUGGAGUGCUCUCUUCUCCCAGUGACGUGUCUCUUGAACAGUGGCAGCUUAUACUACUGGAAACUUCUACGAAAAUAUACUGAAAUCGGUAUCAGUCAAAUGUGAACUUCGUUUAUGCAGAAAUCUGUGUAGAACACUUUCCAUUUUCUUUGAGCAGGAGUCACAGUUCAGGAGUAAGACUUUAGAAUAAAA